AUGAAUCCAGCGGAUCAUGCAUCUAGAGGUAUCUCUGCAGAUGGCUUACUGAAACAGGAGAACUGGAUCAAACCCCCCAAUUUCCUGUUUGAACCUGAGGAUCAUUGGCCAACACCAGCUUCAUACCUCACUGAAAGAGAACUGUUUGACAACGACCCAGAGGUGAAAAAGGUUACUGUAAAGACAAUUGUCACAAAAUCACAGGAAUUACAAGAGAAUACCGUAGAUAUUAACGAGCUUUUUCAACAUCAUUCGUCUUUGUAUUUAUUAAAACGUAGUGUGGCCUGGAUUUUGAAGAUACGAAAAGAACUGUUAAGACCUGUUCGUGUGAAAAGACUCGAUUCGCACUCACUGGUACAUGAUGAUUCUUGUGACAAGGCUUACAUUUCAUUUGAGGACUUGAAAGAAGCAGAGAGAGUUAUACUUACUUUCAUUCAGCGACAGGAAUUUCCUACGGAAAUAAAUACCCUUGUGUCAGGAAACUCUAGUGUCAGUCAUGGUAGCAGAAUCCGGAGCCUGGAUCCGUUUUUGGAUGCUGGACUUUUGCGAGUCGGUGGUCGUUUACACAAGUCAAGUUUUCCACAGGAGAUGAAAGGUCCAGUGAUUUUACCCAAAGAUCAUCAUGUUUCCACUCUAAUUCUUAAACAAAUUCAUCAGGAUCUACUACAUAGUGGCAAAAAUCACAUGCUAGCAAAGCUGAGAGAACGUUACUGGCUUAUCCAUGCUCCAUCUGCAAUUCGGAAAGUCAUAUCAAAGUGUGUUACUUCUAGUCGUGCAGUGUAUCUAGAGAUAGCAGCUUCGUUGGAUACAGAUUCCUACAUAGAUGCACUACCUCGUUUCAUAGUAAGAAGAGGACAAGUAAAAAAAAUACGUUCUGACAACGGAACUAACUUUGUUGGUGCCGAACGUGAACUUAAAAAAUCCAUACAAGAAUGGAACCAAGCACAGAUCCAAUCUGCAAUAUUACAAAAGAACGUAGACUGUCAGUUUAACCCACCAGCUGGAUCACACUGCAGGGGAGCCUGGGACAAGUUAAUUAGAUUUAUUCGUAAAGCCAUGAAUAGUGUACUAAAGAAGCAGACACUUGAUGAUGAAGGACUUCAUACUCUAAUGUAUGAAAUUGAAUAUACAGAUCAACACUGUGACUUGGAGCCACUUACUCCAAACCAUAUGCUUUUGAUGAAGAGGAAACCUAACCUUCCUCCAGGAGUCUUUGAUAAGACAGAUCUGUACCACAGACGCCGUUGGAGACAGAUACAAUAUAUGGCCAACUUGUUCUGGCAUCAUUGGGUACGCAAGUACCUACCACUUCUCCAGGAACGACAGAAAUGGCAUGAUAUCAAGAGAAACUUUCAAAUCGGUAAUAUUGUGUUAGUUGUAGAUUUGAACGGCCCAAGGAACUCUUGA